AUGUGGGUGCUCUUGGUGCUCUCGCUGCUCACCCUUGCCUAUUUAUUUUGGCACAAGACCAAGGGCUCUGGUGCCAAGCACCCCAAGAGCCUCCCAUGCCUGCCCCUGGUGGGCAGCCUGCCGUUCCUCCCCAGACAUGGCCACCAGCACGUGAACUUCUUCAAGCUGCAGGAAAAGUACGGCCCCAUCUAUUCCUUUCGUCUGGGUUCCAAGACUACUGUGAUCAUUGGCAACCACCAGCUGGCCAGGGAGGUGCUUCUCAAGAAGGGCAAGGAAUUCUCCGGACGAUCCAAAGUGGUGACUCUAGACAUCCUGUCAGACAACCAAAAGGGCAUCGCCUUCGCCGACCAUGGUGCCCUCUGGCAGCUGCAUCGGAAGUUGGCACUGAACACCUUUGCCCUGUUCAAGGACGGCAACCUGAAGCUAGAGAAGAUCAUUAACAAGGAAGCUGCUGUACUGUGUGAUUACCUGGCCACCCGGCACGGAGAGUCCAUAGAUUUGGCGGAGCACCUCUCUCUGGCGGUGACCAACAUAAUCUGCUUUAUCUGCUUCAACUUCUCCUUUAAGAAUGACGAUCCUGCCCUGAAGGCGCUACACAAUCUCAAUUUUGGCAUUCUGGAGGCUCUGAGCCAGGAAAUUUGGUCAGACAGAUUCCCCGGGAUGAAGAUUUUCCCCAGCAAAGCCGUGGAAAAGAUAAAGAGCUGUGUUCGAAUGAGAAACGAAUUGCUGCGUGAAAUCCUUGAAAAAAGAAAGGAGAGCUUCACCAGCGACUCCAUCACCAACAUGCUGGACGUACUGAUCCAAGCCAAGAUGAACGCAGACAACAACAAUGCUGGCCUAGACCAGGAUUCAAAGCUGCUUUCAGAUAGGCACAUGCUUGCCACCAUAGUGGACAUCUUCGGGGCCGGCGUGGAGACCACCGCUUCUGUGAUAAAGUGGAUUGUGGCAUUCCUGCUACACCAUCCUCUGUUGAAGAAGAGGAUCCAGGAUGAUAUCGACCAGAAUAUAGGUUUCAAUCGUGAACCAGCUCUCAGCGACCGGAACUGCCUUGUCCUGCUAGAGGCCACCAUCCGAGAGGUGCUUCGGAUCCGGCCUGUGUCCCCUAUGCUCAUCCCCCAUAAGACUGUCGUUGACUCCAGCAUUGGCAACCUUAUCAUUGACAAGGACACAGAUGUUGUGGUCAAUUUGUGGGCACUACAUCACAGUGAGGAGGAGUGGCACCGGCCUGACCUGUUCAUGCCUGAGCGCUUCUUGGACCCCACGGGGACCCAGCUCAUCUCGCCAUCGUUAAGCUACUUGCCCUUUGGAGCUGGACCCCGCUCCUGCGUAGGUGAGAUGCUAGCCCGCCAGGAGCUCUUCCUCUUCACGGCCCUGCUGCUGCAGAGGUUCGACCUGGAGAUCCCGGAUGAUGGGAAGCUGCCCUCUCUGGAGGGUAACCCCAGUUUAGUCUUGCAGAUUGAUCCUUUCAAAGUGAAGAUCAAGGUGCGCCAGGCCUGGAAGGAAGCCCAGGCUGAGGAAAGCACCUCGUGA